UCAGUGUGAAUCGUCGCUAGCUGGCGAUCGGUCGGUUUUCGGGAUCAGAUUUGUUUGCCUGUCUUCCAGUAACUCGAAGACAAAGAAAAUACUGUGAAAUAAUAUCAAUCAAUAACCGUUCGGGAUCAAAAGUUUGAGCAUUGAUUUAAUCAACACGUAUAUAUUUGCAAUUCCUGCAAUAUGUUCAGAAUCUUUCUGACCGGGAUUAUUUUACAAUACGCCCUGCUAGUUAAUGCCACUGGCAUCUAUUCGGUGGUGGGGCCUGGUACCCUCCGCUCCAACUCCAAGUACAAUGUCGUCGUCUCUGUCCACAAGGCAGAUGGUCCGAGUCAGAUAAAAGUCAGUCUAAAUGGACCCUCGUACAACGAGACGAAGCAAAUCGAACUGCCGCCCAUGUCCACCCAGAAUGUGGAGUUCGAGGUGCCCAAAUUGGCCACUGGCAACUAUAAUCUUUCUGCAGAGGGUGUAUCCGGUGUUGUGUUUAAGAAUUCUACCAAAUUAAACUAUGCGGAUAAGAAGCCAUCGGUCUUUGUUCAAACUGAUAAGGCCACCUAUAAGCCCGCCGAUCUCGUUCAAUUUCGUAUUCUCUUUCUGGAUGAAAACACCCGACCUGCAAAGAUUGAAAAGCCCAUAUCCGUCAUAAUCAUAGAUGGAGCUCAAAACAGAAUUAAACAGCUAAGCGACGUCAAGUUGACGAAGGGUGUUUUCUCUGGUGAACUUCAGUUAUCCGAACAGCCUGUUUUGGGUACCUGGAAGAUAUCCGUUAGCGUGGAUGGCGAUAAUAGGGAAACCAAGUCCUUUGAGGUUGACAAAUAUGUUCUACCGAAGUUCGAGGUAAUCGUGGACACACCCAAGGCUGUGGUCAUUGCAGACAAGGUGAUCAAGGCCACGAUUCGCGCCAAGUACACAUACGGAAAGCCAGUCAAGGGCAAGGCCACAGUGUCCAUGGAACGGAGCUAUGGAUACUUUGGGGACCUCAAUGCGAACGGCAACAAACAGGAGAAAACCAUUGACGUCGAUGGAAAGGGUCAUGUGGAGUUCGACAUUAUUCACUGGGCCCAAAGAGGGCAAUACUUACCGCCCAUUAAACUCUUUGCCGUCGUCACGGAGGAACUAACUGGUAACAAGCAGAAUGCCACUGCCACAGUUGUUCUGCACCAACAGCGAUACUCGAUUGAGCCUUACGAGAGGCCAGAACACUUUGAAGCCAAUAAGUCGUUCAUCUAUCAGGUUGUGGUGAAGAAUGUUGAUGGAUCGCCAGUCACAAACUCUGCGAAAAACGUAAAGAUAGGCUUUGACAAGUCGUACAGCUAUUUUCAUGAGCCAUCUCCUAAGACACGCAUUAACUUUGAGGCCCCUGUGAAUGAGAAUGGCAUUGCAACCUUUAAUGUUAGGCUGCCCGAUAGCGAUUCCAGAUAUUAUCGUAUAUUUGCAUCAUUCGAUGGGUCGGAGAAUACCAUCGGUUCCAUCUCAAAGUUUGAGCCAACCCCAAUGAGCAGGGAGCCGCUGAAGAUUCAGGUGAAUACAAAGAAGCCUAGACUAGGCGAACAAGUUUCUUUUGAUGUCGUCUCGAUUGAAGAUCUGCCCUAUUUUGUGUACACCAUUGUGGCCAGAGGUAAUGUGAUACUCAGUGAUUACGUGGAUGUGCCGGACGGCCAGAAAACCUACACGGUUAAGUUCACACCAACAUUUAGCAUGGUGCCGAAGGCAACGAUCUAUGUUUAUUAUGUUGUAAACAACGACCUACAGUUCGAGGAGAAAACUAUUGACUUCGAGAAGGAGUUUAGUAACUCGAUUGAUGUAUCGGCUCCGACGAAUGCCAAACCGAGUGAAGAAGUCAAGCUAAGGAUUAAAACCGAUGCCGAUUCCUUUGUGGGUCUUUUGGGUGUGGAUCAGAGUGUCCUGCUGCUCAAGUCGGGCAACGAUCUAAGCCAAGACGAUAUCUUUAAUAGCCUCAACAUAUAUCAGACAUCAACACCCUGGAUGAACGGCUAUGGGCGUUAUCCUGGUCAAACAUCCGGACUAGUGACGCUAACGAACGCGAAUUAUCCUUACAACACUGAUUCCUAUUCAAUAUACCCACUCAUACUUAAUGGAGAAUUCCCAAUUGCAUUUUCCCUUGCGGCACCGCAGGCAGCCAUAGCGGGAAUGCCUGGCACUUCAUCGAUAGCUUCACAUCCUAAUCAAGCUCCACAGAUUCGAAAAGAAUUUCCGGAAAACUGGAUAUUUUAUAAUGCCGAAAAUGUGGGUGAAGAGGAAUUCACCCUGACCAAAAAGAUACCGGAUACGAUCACCUCAUGGGUGGUUACUGGUUUCUCCCUUAACCCAACAUCCGGAAUUGCUUUAACUAAGAAUCCGAGCAAGAUUCGAGUAUUCCAGCCCUUCUUUGUGUCCACAAAUCUGCCGUAUUCCGUAAAGCGAGGUGAGGUAAUUGCUAUUCCCGUGGUCAUCUUCAACUACCUGGAUAAGACCCUUGAUGCAGAUGUAGUAAUGGACAACUCUGAUCAGGAAUAUGAAUUCACCGAGGCCACCAAUGAGGUGUUGGAAAAGGCAAUCGAUGAGGUGCGCCGGGUCAAACGGGUCACGAUACCGGCCAAUAGUGGCAAGAGUGUUUCAUUUAUGAUCCGACCGAAGAACGUAGGAUUCACGACCCUGAAAAUCACAGCCACCUCUGCCUUGGCCGGCGAUGCUAUUCACCAGAAGUUAAAGGUUGAGCCAGAGGGCGUAACUUUGUUCGAGAACCGGGCUGUCUUUAUCAACCUCAAGGAUCAGCCAGAGAUGUCUCAGUCUCUGGAUGCUGAUAUUCCCAACGAGGUCGUGCCCCAGUCUGAAUUUAUAGAGUUUUCUGUGGUUGGUGAUCUUCUGGGUCCGACGCUCCAGAAUCUCGACAAUCUGGUGCGUAUGCCGUACGGCUGCGGAGAGCAAAACAUGGUAAACUUUGUGCCCAACAUUCUGGUGCUGAAAUAUCUGGAGGUUACUGGUCGAAAGCUUCCGUCCGUUGAGUCCAAAGCUAGAAAGUUCCUGGAGAUCGGCUACCAGAGGGAACUGACCUACAAGCACGACGAUGGCUCAUAUAGUGCAUUUGGAAAAUCGGACGCUUCGGGCAGCACUUGGCUUACCGCCUAUGUCAUGCGUUCCUUCCAUCAAGCUGGAACAUACACGGAUAUCGAUCCUAAAGUCAUUACUGCUGGUCUUGACUUCCUUGUAUCGAAACAGAAGGAGAGUGGCGAGUUCCCGGAGGUCGGCAAACUCUUCGACAACGCGAACCAAAACCCAUUGGCUCUAACUUCGUUCGUUCUGCUGGCUUUCUUCGAGAAUCAUGAACUGAUCCCGAAGUACCAAAGUGCCAUUAAGAAAGCAGUACGCUAUGUGGCCGAAGAGGCUGACAAGACGGACGACCAGUAUUCCCUGGCCAUUGCCGCCGUGGCCCUCCAACUGGCCAAGCACCCGCAGUCGGAGAAGGUCAUUGCUAAGCUGGAGAGCGUGGCCCGAAAGGAAAACGAUCGAAUGUGGUGGUCCAAGGCCACGGAAUCGACUGGUGAGGAUGGACGAGUUUUCCACUGGAAACCUCGCAGUAACGACGUCGAGAUCACCUCCUAUGUUCUGCUUGCGCUUCUUGAAAAGGAUCCGGCUGAGAAGGCCCUGCCCAUUAUCAAGUGGCUGAUAUCGCAGCGCAACAGCAACGGGGGAUUCUCCUCCACUCAGGAUACUGUGAUUGGUCUUCAGGCGCUCACAAAAUUCGCAUACAAGACGGGCUCUGGCUCAGGCACCAUGGAUAUUGAGUUCUCAUCUGCGGGUGAAUCCAAGAAUACAAUUAAGGUUAACCCAGAGAAUUCCCUGGUUCUGCAGACCCAUGACCUGCCCAAGAGCACUCGCAAGGUCGAUUUUACAGCCAAGGGAACAGGAUCUGCCAUGGUUCAGCUCUCCUAUCGCUACAAUCUAGCGGAGAAAGAGAAGAAGCCCAGUUUCAAGGUAACACCCACGGUCAAGGACACUCCCAACCAGCUACUAAUAGUGGACGUCUGUGCCGAGUACGUGCCCUUAGAAGACGCCGACAAGGACAAGGACUCCAACAUGGCAGUGAUGGAAAUCGCCCUGCCCUCAGGGUUCGUUGGUGACUCCACAAGCUUGGGCAAAAUCCAGGCAGUGGAUCGGGUGAAGCGCGUAGAGACCAAGAACUCCGACUCCACGGUGGUCGUCUACUUUGACAGCUUAACUCCCGGUGAUGUUCGUUGCUUGCCGUUAGAGGCCUCCAAGGCUCACGCGGUGGCCAAGCAGAAGCCGGCCUCCGUUUCCCUAUACGACUACUAUGACACGGAGCGCAAGGCCACCGAGUACUACCAGGUGAAGUCCUCCCUGUGCGACAUCUGCGAAGGCGCCGAUUGCGGAGAGGGCUGCAAAAAGGACUGAGAUCCCAGAGUGAAACGAUGGUGUAAACAUUUGUAAGAAGUAUCAACAGACCUCCCUUCGAAAAUAUUAAAUAAAAAACAAAUAUUGUGAGCAUUCAAAUAAAUAACAUUCUUUAUGACCACAUUCGACAAUAAUUGUUAAAUAAUGUUAGAGCACAAAGGUAUACAAAAUAUAUUUUUGG